AUGUCUAGUGAUCAUUUAUCUAAACAAGAUGCAGAUAAUUUGGACUUAACAAAGUUAACUCCAAUUACUCCAGAAGUAAUUUCUCGUCAAGCCACAAUAAACUUGGGUACUAUUGGGCAUGUUGCUCACGGGAAAUCUACAGUUGUCAGAGCAGUUUCGGGGGUUCAGACUGUCAGAUUUAAGGAUGAAAAGGAAAGAAAUAUUACAAUUAAAUUGGGAUAUGCCAAUGCAAAAAUCUAUAAGUGUACCAAUCCAAAUUGCCCAUCUCCUCAAUGCUAUCGUAGCUAUGGAUCAAAUAAAGAAGAUGAACCAAUGUGUGAAGUUCCUUCAUGCAAUCAUAAAAUGCAGCUUCUUCGCCAUGUAUCUUUUGUAGACUGCCCAGGUCAUGAUAUUCUUAUGUCUACCAUGUUGAACGGAGCAGCAGUUAUGGACGCAGCACUUUUAUUGGUAGCAGGUAAUGAGACAUGUCCUCAACCACAGACUUCUGAGCAUUUAGCUGCCGUAGAGAUCAUGAAGCUUAAGCAUAUUAUUAUCCUUCAAAACAAGGUAGAGUUAAUUAAGGAGGCACAGGCACAAGAACAAUAUAAACAGAUUAAAGAUUUUGUCGCGGGUACUUCUGCUCAAGAUGCUCCAAUUAUACCUAUUUCUGCUGUCUUAAAGUUCAACAUUGAUGUUCUCUGUGAAUAUAUUUGUACGCAAAUUCCUAUUCCUAUUAGAGACUUUACAUCUUCUCCCAGAAUGAUUAUUAUUAGAUCAUUCGAUGUGAAUAAACCGGGAGAAGAUGCCCAAAAUAUGAGAGGUGGGGUUGCAGGGGGGUCAAUUAUUAGGGGAGUUCUCAAAAUUGGAGAUGAAAUCGAAGUAAGACCUGGGAUUUAUAAUAAGGAUGCUGAUGGAGAAUUUACUUGCAGACCAAUUAGAUCUAAGAUUGUUAGUCUUUUUGCCGAGCAUAACGACUUGAAAUAUGCAGUUUCAGGUGGACUAAUUGGGGUUGGAACAAAGAUUGACCCAACUUUGACCAGAGCAAACAGACUCUCUGGACAAGUUCUUGGGCAUCCAGGCUUUUUGCCUGAAAUAUAUGACUCUAUUAACAUUACUUUAUACCGAAUGAGAAGACUUUUAGGAGUGCGUGCUCAUGAUGGAUCUAAAGCUCAGGCCAAAGUCUCAAAACUUAGGGAGGGAGAGCUUCUUAUGGUUAACAUUGGGUCCACAACUACAGGAGGAAGAGUCGCAAAGAUCAGAGAUGAUCUCGCCACCUUCCAACUUUCAUCCCCUGUAUGCUGUAGUGUAGGAGAUAAGCUCGCUAUUUCCAGGAGGGUCGACAAACACUGGAGACUUAUUGGCUUUGGCGACAUCAUUUCUGGAGAGACUGUUAGAAUCAUUAAUGACUACUAA